AGCUCCGCGUCUUUUCUUUCGUGUCAUAUAUUCCUAUCUUUCACUGUGAUUGCUGGAAUAUCGAAGCUACUGAUAUGGCUGCAGAAGUCACGAUAGAUGAAAUUGAUGAGUCACAGCUUUCGGGUGAAAAUGGCGAACUUUACCUCUUUCAGUGGCUCUGUUCUCUCGAAGAAAAGCUCAAAGAUGCACCUCAUGACCAAAUCAAAGCAUCGCAACCGCAUGUAGAAUCGACUCUUGUCAAGGCUAUCACCCGUGCAGACCAGUAUCCUAUCCCUGGUCGCAUUCUGAGAAACCCUGUUGCAAGAUGUCUCAUCUCAUUAUACACACGAGGAGAAUCAAAGACCCUUUUCGAUACUUUGCAAACAUUCGUUAAGGUUGCCGGAGAUUUCAAAUCAUCUGACAAGGAAACUGUUAGAACAGCCGCAUUAUAUUGCAUUGGGGAAUUGAUGGCCGUUUUUGGCUCACAAUUCAUGUCAUUCAUGGUUGAAAUCGCCACUAUCUCGCUGAAAACAUAUAAAUCAUCAGGGUCCCCACUUAUCCGGCAUCACGCUUUAUCAGCGUUGCGAAAAGCCCUUACAACAGCAAGGAAGGCCGUAACAGACGCAAUCUCGAAAGACAUCAUCAAGCAAAUGAAAUAUGGACUCAGUGACAAGGCACUAGCUGUCCAACGCGCUGCAGCAGGAAUCAUCACUGUUGGCGAAGUCGAAUCAAUAGUCAUCCUUUCUACUAAAAAUCUCGACAACGCAGAUCAUGUCACGCGGCAGUCUCUCGCUCAAUUGGUCGGACAUGUACUAUCUCUCACGCAAAUAGAACGCGUCAUUCCUGCUCCUGAAUCCACUCAGAAGGGGAAGAAAGAGAAUGAGGAGGAUCAAGAAUCUGCUCCUUCGCAUAUGACCUCGGAACAGACGAAAGCACUGCUUUCUCCUCAAGAGAUGUUUUCUCAGCUAUCGUCCCUAUUUAACAAACCACAGACAUCACGGAAGGCUAGGGCUGGCAUCUUCGAUUUCUAUAUAGCACUCCUAAACAAGCUUGGCUCCAGUUUCGCAGAGAGCAACUACGCUCUCAUCGUUAGUCAUCUGAUGACUGAGAUCGUUUCAAACCCGAAAAACUCUGCUACUAGAUACGACAAAUUGUUUCUUAGAAAGCUUAUAGGACUGCUGCUGCGAGACUUGAUUGCCGUUCGCAUGCUGACUGAGCAGGGGCAAAUAGGUGCCAUUAGGGAGCUAUCGUCUUCAUACCUGAAGAGAUGGCCUGCCUUAAUGCCAGGUCACCUUUCCCCCAAUUCGCUCGUACUCACGAUAGUACUGAGGGAACUGGCUGGUUUGUUGCAGCAACUUGGAAACGCUCCUCCUCCAGUCCAGGAAGCUGUGUCAGAACCCUUGGUAACCCUGCUUUCGCACUCAAGUCAUACAGUCCGUGUGAAUGCUGCUUGGGCUUUGCGAUGCUUCUGUUAUUCAACGCCGCUGCGCUUACCGAAAGUUAUAUUGGUCAUCAUUGAGUUUUUGCAGCGUGAUAUCGAUUCCUUGCAGUCUCCGGCAGCACCAUCCGAUGUCGAUCUCCGUGCGUUAGGCCAUGCUUACGGUCUUGCUGCCCUGGUUGCUAUCAUCCCACGGCGCCCGCUGUACGUCUCCUAUGAUAUUACUGCAAAAGUACUCGACAUUGCGACCCAGCUCUUGAAACGUGCCAGUGACCACGAUGUUAAAAUCGCCGGAGUAGAAGUAGAAGUUGCUUGGACUUGCAUAGCUUCCCUCAUGCUGCUAGGGCCCAAUUUCGUCAGGCCACACCUUCCACAACUACUGGUUCUAUGGCGUAAUGCCUUGCCAAAACCUACGAGCAAAGAUAACCCAACAGGACGCACUGUUGCAGAAUGGGAGUUCCUUCUUCAUGUUCGGGAAAGUGCACUCGGUGCUAUCCUUUGCUUUUUACGCCAUAACACCCCACUUCUUACCCUCGAUGUUGCGCGCCGCGUGUCAACUUUAUUGGGCAACGCAUUGUCUUUCUUAAAUACGAUUAACUCUCAAAGUUUCGAGGAUUCUUCUACUUCCAUGCAAACUGACCAAAAAGGUCUAUCCCUUCGAUCAAGAGAGGCCUUACUCCGUCGCAGAGUUUACCAGGCUUUCACAGCGCUUGGGACGGCAAGUCUGACUGAAUCUGUUCAAACGACCUUACUGCAAUCUGCGAUCGCUCUUUUCGCAAGUCCAGAUGGUUUCGCUGGUUCCUCUAUGCAGGCUGCGAUUGCAUCGUCCUCGGGAGCACUUACUUCGAUUUGGCAGUGUGCAGACGGUUACGCGUAUGGAGUUACUUCUAUUGAUAUUGCGGAAGGUGGUGCAGAAGGAGACGACAACUCUCCAGAAGACGAGUUUCGACUAGUGGAAGCACCUUCACCCAUCACUGCUGUUGUAGACUCGGCCAUAGAACUCUUUGCGCAACUUCUGCCGGUUCAGGAUCUUGCGUCCACAACGCGUACAGUAUCUCAGUUGGUGGAAACAGUCCGAUCGAGUAAGCUUGAGAAGAACGCCGGUCGUAGAACUGCUAUGUUCGUCAAUAGCGUCAUAGCUAUUGUCCAGAGUUUACGCCAUGCAAUGACGUCUCAUUAUCGUCAGGCUCGAGAGACGUUUGGGAGUUCUCAGAUUACUUCAGUGAUUGCCCCAUUUAUGAAGGAUGCACUCGUUGACGGGGAUAGUGUUCUAAGGUCUGCUAGCAGCGAAGCCAUCGGUCGAAUGGCCAACAUUGCAGGCACCACCUUCUUAACCAGUCAAAUUAAAGUCUUGGUGGAUCAUGUUGUCAACAACCGUGACCCUCAAGGUCGAGCUGGGUGUGCCUUAGCCUUUGGCGCCAUCUAUAGCCAUGUCGGUGGCCUCGCUGCAGGUCCUCUUUUGAAGACGACGGUUAACAUCCUGAUGUCCUUGAGCAAUGACCCGCACCCCUUGGUUCAUUUUUGGUCACUAAAUGCCCUGGCUCGUGUGAUCAACGCCGCAAAUCUUGCUUACUCGUCUUUCGUACCCGGAACUCUAGGCAUGCUUUUGAAGAUAUACAACCUGGAUUCUCACGAAAUAGAGGGUGGAACCUUGAACAAUUCAAACUCCAGUGGUGACCUUGCAGCGUAUCCAGUGGUCUGCCAAAUCAUUGAUGCGAUCAUCACCGUCCUUGGACCUGAUAUACAAGAUUCGGUGCGGACAAGGACCCUUGUGCUCAAUAUGGUCCAUGAAUUUUCUCUGGAAGAUGACGAUGAUAUUUGUGUGGAGGCAAUCAAGUGCAUGCAGCAUUUCCUUAUGUUCGCGCCUGAACACGUUCACAUUCCGGAGAUGGUCGAUCGUUUCAGAUAUCACUUGGCUUCUUCCAGACGCAAGCUCAAACUUGCUUCAAUAGAUGCUCUCUAUCAGCUUGUCCAAAGGGAUGCACUGGCGAUGUCUCGAUUGGGAGGUGAUCGACUUGUCGAACAUCUCUUUGGUAUGUUGGAUGAUGAUUCUUCGGUGGAAGGUGUCAAGAAUGUCAUCUCCAGCUGGUUGCAACAAACUGCUGUACAUAAUCCUUCAGCUUGGAUUGAUUUAUGUCAGAGGAUUAUGUUACGAACAACAGCAUCCCAACAGGUAGCUACUAUCACAAGUAACACCAACGAUGACGAAGGAGAAUCCCUUAGUGGCACCAUGGCCUCAGAGGCCAACAAUCAACAUCAAAGUACUGCCUUCCCUAUAUCUCGUUGGCGAACUCAGCUUUUCGCACUACAUUGUCUUCACGAUAUCUGCACUAUUCUAACUCGGUCUGGAAGGAGAGAGCAUUUUGAUAUCCCCUUUGCCCGUAGCCAUGGUCUUGCUUCGACCGGACUUCUCGUUUCUCGAGUGCCUGAUCUUAUAAAGAUGGCAUUUACAGCAUCUGCAGCGUACGUGACCGAGAUUCGACUAGAGGGACUCGUAGUUUUACAAGAUGUCAUCAAGAUCUUCGCUAAAUCUCCCGACCCCGACUAUAGCGAUGCUCUUCUUCUCGAACAACAUCAAGCUCCCAUUACUGCUGCUCUGACACCAGCCUUCUCUGCCGACUCAACCCCAGAAAUACUAGCAUCUGCCAUACGCGCCUGUGCAGUAUUUGUUGGAUGCGGUAUCAUAAAAGAAGUCAACCGUAUGGGGCGUGUGCUCAAGAUGCUCACGCUUGCUCUUGAACAAUUAAACGAUACCGGAAAUCUAUCUCUAGGGGAUUCUGUGGAUUUGAGUCCAAACGCUUCUGGCAUGUUACGCAUAUCAGUCCUGUCGGCAUGGGCACAAUUGGAAAGUGCCAGUGCUGAGCAGACUUAUCUACUUGAUAUUCUCAAACCUCACCGAAGGACGCUUGCAACUUUGUGGAUUGCCAGCUUGCGUGAUUAUGCAGUUAUCCGCGCCGACUCGGAAUUCAUCCAAGACGCGUCAUCGGCAUUGGAUCCAUCCUUCUCCAGCCUAGGGAAGGUUGUUUUGCUGCCGUAUUAUAUAGAGUACUGGCCCAUCAUUCUUCAAGCCGUCGCAAGUGCCAUGGAACAUUCGGAUCCCCACAUUAAGUCUGCCAUUCUUGGGCAAAUCGUCCCACCUAACGCUCCAGCACCGAACUCCACGCCUCGUACGGAGCCGGCCGAUUUCUUUUUCAUAAUCUUCGGACAGGUAUACGAAGCACUGACAACUGCAUCUCCGGGCCCUACCGAAGCUCGUACGACCGUUAUGAUUGCUGCACUCAGAGCCCUUAAAUGCAUCGUUUCUCCUCAGUACUCCGGGAAGGCUCUACUAGAUCCGAUCAUUCUCAGAGAGUUUACUAGCCUUUGUUACCGUUUGGCCAUGGUAGAGUCGGCAAAUAUCCUGGUUCAUCUGCUUGAUGUUCUCGUCGCCUUUCAAUCUGGAUUCGAGGAUCUGGAGAAGAGCGAGGUCUUCAGUGCUGCACCUAGUUCCGUCCGUGGUCAUUGUUUGAAAAUAGCUGCCUACGUCCUUCGACAUUCUCACCCAACAUCGGCUGCUCCAGCCAUUCAGGGUGGUCUCGCAGCCAAAACCAAGAUGGUUCGCACUGCGUUAUUGGUAUUCCAAGUUGCUGCAAGUGCUGCAGAGCCAAGCACAAAAGAAGAUAUUCGCAGCGUUGCAUGUAUGCUAUACGGUGAGCUACUCAAGGAUGAAUCUUCGGAAGACGACCUCGUUGAACCUACACUGCCUGCCUUGAAAUCACUACUUUCCGUUCCAAUACACGACUCCACUGGCGCACGAACUCGCUUCGAAGAGUCGGUGCAUGGGUUCCUGUCUUCUUGCCUGCUUAAUGUCGAUGAAAUGAGGGGCAGACAGGGUGUCAUAUCGUCUCGAAAAGUGAAAAACAAUCUACUGGCUGCGGUGCUUAUAUUAACGACGAUGCCCCCUCAAAUCAAAAUUGCUCGAGGGGUGAUAGAGCAUUGUUCGUUCUUGAUCUCACAGAAGUUGCUUGAGGCCACAGAGAUGGCUUUGGUCGCAGCGCAUUGCUCAAAGACUGUAACCAUCGCAGCAUCUGCAAAUAUUCCACUGCGUUUCUGUAUCAAAUUGCUCCUACCUUCCCUCGUCGAAUACAUAGCGAAGGUUUCCCCGCGGUUGGACGAUGGCUCCAUGUCUGAACAAGACAUCACAGCUAUCGACGAAGUCCUGAAAACGUUUGCGGCACUAGUGACUAUGACGACGAAUGAACAACGCGACCGCGUCUUGAGCAUCAUCCUUCCCACCAUCACCCUUCUGCUCCGUCCAGCACAAGCCACGCUACCGACGGUACAUGCUCACAGCGUAGCUCAAUUACUAACGUUCGCCACUUCCUCGCCGACCUCGUUCAAGGAAGUGACAGCUCGACUGGAGGCACCCGUGAGAGAGGUCUUGGAGCAAUCCGUCAGACGCGCUGUGGCAGGUGCGACAGCUGCGGAGCCUCAUAAGCUGAAACCGCAGAUUUCGUUGAGGUCCUUUUGAUGGUGUAGAGGAGAUAGUAUCCCUCCAUGUGUUGUUAUUUUGGCAAAGAUUAGUCUUCGUCGUUCUGCCGCUUUACUCGUCAAUUGUAGAUUGCUCUCAUACAUAUAGGAAAUGUACUCCAAUACUUCUGACCUAUACCACUCGCUUUUUUCGCCUCA